CUCUGUGUCUAUAUAUAUAUAUAUAUUUUUCCUAUUCAUUUAUAACUCUCUUUUAUGAUAUGAUCGGAAUCUUUACCAGUUAAUGAUCUUCGAGCUGAUAAGACUGGUGGCUGUGUCCAUUUUGUUUCCUUUUCUUUUGUGAAGAUUAAAAGAGGUUCUCAGAUAUUGCCUUUGAUUUUGGCACAAUUUUUAAAUAUAUCUCAAUAAUUGCUAUGGGGUCUGAAGGGCCUCCUGCAAUAACAAUUUAUGUGACGGGUUUCAAAAAAUUCCAUGGAGUUUCGGAGAAUCCAACUGAGACAAUUGUUGGUAAUCUCAAAGAGUAUGUAGAGAAGAAGGGAUUGCCUAAAGGUCUAACUCUUGGGAGUUGCAGCAUUCUUGAGACUGCAGGACAGGGAGCGCUUGCUCAUUUGUACCAGACAUUGCAAUCUGCCAUUAGUGGGGUGGACACAGAAUCUUCAAAUUCUGGAAGAACUAUUUGGGUACACUUUGGAGUUAAUAGUGGUGCAACAAGGUUUGCCCUUGAGCAUCAAGCUGUCAAUGAGGCUACUUUCCGUUGUCCUGAUGAGAUGGGAUGGAAGCCCCAGAAAGCUCCCAUCAUUCCUGCAGAUGGUGGAAUCUCACACAUACGAAAGACUUCUCUUCCAGUUGAGGAGGUCACCAAGGCCUUAGCAAAGAUGGGUUAUAAAGUGAUGACCUCAGAUGAUGCAGGCCGCUUCGUGUGCAAUUAUGUUUACUAUCAUUCCCUUCGGUUUGCGGAACAAAAUGGGACCAAAUCGUUAUUUGUGCACGUGCCUCUCUUCUUGACGAUAGACGAGGAGACCCAAAUGCAGUUCGCUGCCGCAUUGUUGGAGGUACUAGCUUCUUUAAAUUGAUACAAUCCACCCACAACUUCAUGUCCAAGAGCUCUGUCCUCGUGAUGUUGGCUUUUUUCUGUAAAGGUGGCUGGAUGCAUUUCUAUUAAUAUGCUUCAGUUAAAAAAAAAAAAAAAAAAAGGUGUGUUUGAUUUAAAAAUAAGAAACAAAGAAAAUGUGUUUUAAUGGUUAAGGAAUCUACUGCACAUGUACAUGAUGCAUUGUGGUGAAUGCUUUUGGCAACUUGCUGAAAUCUUAUAUGGCAAUAUAUGAGUGAAAUGCUAGUUUGCUUCGUA